AUGGUGGUGGCUAAGAACCGGACCGAGUUCUACUUUGCGUUUCUCGUUGUUAUGAUAAUGGUGGGAUCGUUACUAGCCAUUGAAGGAAGACCGGUUAAGGAUGGUUCGAGAGCGGUGACCCAAUUAAGAGAUUCGUCUGUGUUUAAUGGAAGUGUAAUGUCUUCGUUUAAACCGGUCAGGUCCUCUGCACAAGAUUUGCCGUGGUUAGCCACGGUGAAACAGUCUGGGCCAAGCCCGGGGGUUGGGCAUCGAGCCAAAGGCUACACGAAGGUUGGACAAGUCAAAGAUUCUGGUCCUACUCCAGGUGUUGGACACUAA